AUGUCGAUCUUGAGCAAGAGUGUGGGAGCUGUUCACGAGCUCAAGACAUACACAUCUUCCUUCUGGUUUGAUCUUGGUGAUGUACGGAAUGGAGAUCGAAGGCCGUCAUCUCCAUUUUCAGAUGGUCAUUGCAAGAAACGUCCGUUUAAGGACCGAAGAUCGAAACCAUAUCACACUGCCGCCUUGUUCUAUCUCGGAGCCCCCCGAAGCCGCGCCAGCCUCAGCCUGGUGUCUUCAAUACACGAAGGCACUGGGGUCAAAACCUCAGGUGAUUUGCGUUCGAUCGUGCGUUCUCAAGACGUGCGAGCGCUGCGCGGCUGGCAAGCAUUCUUAAAAGUCGAUCCCCAUUCCCCUGCGGGAGGAGGCUUCCAAGGUGUGGGCCGCCCGUGGAAGCGAGGACAAGGAGACCCGGAAGACUGGUUGGCUGAGAUUGUAGAGGCUUCCCCCAAGUGGACAGUCGACGCUCCGAUUCAUGCCAUCCGAAUGAAUGAAGUCAAAGUCGGCCUUAUCAACCAGGUCAGCGAGGAUACCGUCCAGGUCGAUCCUUUGAGCAAGCCUCUGAUCCAGAGCAUAAUGAUACCGGCCGACAAAGACUCUCUGACUACUGGAGGAGGGAAAUUUCGACAGAAUAUGUCGGGAAUGCUAACUACAAUUACCGCAAAGUACCGGAUAUAG